UGCUCAAUAAAUGGCAAAUGAACCCAUAUGAUAGAGGAUCAGCUUUUGCAAUUGGGUCGGAUGGUUUGUGUUGCCAAAGCAGAGAGGUAAAAGAAUGGCAUGGGUGCAGAGCAACCAGAGGCGUGACUAAAGGCAAAUACUACUAUGAAGUUUCCUGUCAUGACCAAGGCUUGUGCAGAGUUGGUUGGUCAACUAUGCAGGCUUCACUAGACUUGGGCACUGAUAAAUUUGGCUUUGGCUUUGGUGGCACUGGUAAGAAAUCUCACAACAAGCAAUUUGACAGCUAUGGUGAGGAAUUCACUAUGCAUGAUACAAUUGGGUGUUAUCUAGACAUAGAUAAAGGACAAAUAAAAUUUUCUAAAAAUGGGAAGGACCUUGGCCUUGCAUUUGAAAUCCCACCACACAUAAGGAACCAAGCACUUUUUGCAGCUUGUGUACUGAAGAAUGCUGAACUGAAAUUCAAUUUUGGUGAAGAAGAUUUCAAGUUUCCACCAAAAGAUGGCUACAUUGGUCUUUGCAAGGCUCCUGACGGCAGUGUUGUAAAAUCACAACACUCAGGAAAUGCACAAGUGGUUCAAACACAGAACCUUCCAAAUGCUCCAAAAGCAUUGAUUGUAGAGCCAUCAAGAGAGCUGGCAGAACAAACUUUGAACAAUGUGAAGCAGUUCAAAAAAUAUGUUGAAAAUCCAAAAUUAAGGGAACUGUUGAUUAUUGGUGGAGUUGCUGCAAGAGAUCAACUAUCUAUACUGGAACAAGGAGUGGAUAUUGUCGUCGGAACUCCUGGAAGACUGGAUGACCUGGUCUCAACAGGGAAGCUUAAUUUGUCUCAAGUUAGAUUCCUGGUUCUGGAUGAAGCUGAUGGCCUUCUCCUCCAAGGUUAUUCAGAUUUCAUAAACAGAAUCCAUGGUCAAAUUCCUCAGAUAACUUCAGAUGGGAAGAGACUUCAGGUGAUUGUGUGCUCUGCAACACUACAUUCUUUUGAUGUGAAAAAACUGUCUGAAAAGAUCAUGCAUUUUCCCACCUGGGUUGAUUUGAAAGGAGAAGACUCUGUCCCUGAAACUGUACACCAUGUAGUGGUCCCUGUAAAUCCAAAAGCUGACAAACUCUGGGAAAGGCUCGGCAAGAAUCAUAUCAGAACUGAUGAAGUACACGCCAAAGAUAAUACACGACCUGGCGCUAACACUCCAGAAAUGUGGUCUGAAGCUAUUAAAAUUCUAAAAGGAGAAUACACUGUUCGGGCAAUCAAAGAACACAAGAUGGACCAAGCCAUUAUCUUCUGCAGGACUAAGCUAGAUUGUGAUAACUUGGAGCAGUACUUCAUCCAGCAGGGCGGAGGCCCUGAUAGGAAGGGACAUCAGUUCUCCUGUGUCUGUCUGCAUGGUGACAGAAAGCCUCAAGAAAGAAAGCAAAACCUGGAAAGAUUUAAGAGAGGAGACGUCCGAUUCUUGAUCUGCACAGAUGUUGCUGCUAGAGGAAUUGAUAUUCAUGGUGUUCCAUAUGUUAUCAACGUCACACUCCCUGAUGAAAAACAGAACUAUGUUCAUCGCAUUGGGAGAGUGGGCAGAGCUGAGAGGAUGGGUUUGGCCAUCUCCCUUGUGGCAAAAGAGAAAGAAAAGGUUUGGUAUCAUGUAUGCAGUAGUCGUGGUAAAGGAUGUUACAAUACUAGACUGAAGGAAGAAGGAGGUUGUACCAUAUGGUACAAUGAGAUGCAGUUGCUGGGGGAGAUUGAAGAACACUUAAACUGCACUAUAACCCAAGUUGAACCAGACAUAAAAGUACCAGUAGAUGAUUUUGAUGGGAAAGUUACAUAUGGGCAGAAAAGAGCUCUGGGUG